AUGAUUAGCCACAUUUCGAGGAGAUAAUUUGUUAUGAAUUAUUCUUGAAUUAAUCUUCGAACUGUUGACUCGACUUUCUGUCAUUCAUAUAUCGAUAUUUGUGCUAGUGUUUUAUGAACAUAAUAGUAAGUGUUUUGGAAUUUUCUUCUUAAUUUCUGAGAAAAUACUCUUCCAACUAAUUAUUUAGAGAAUGGCUCUCGUCUUACCAACACCCGAACAGCGUAUCUUUAUCUGGAAAGAGCUGAACGAAAAUGUCAAAACCAGAGAUCAAGACUUGGAGCACAUCAAAGAAUGGUUGCUGAAACAACCUCACCUUCCAGAUACUUGGGAUGAUCAACGGAUACUGAGCUUCUUGAGAGGUUGCAAUUUCUCACUCGAGAAGACAAAGAAAAAACUGGAUAUGUACUUCACGAUGAGAGCUGCAUUGCCUGAAUUCUUCACUAAUAGGGAUAUAAACCGACCAGAACUCAAAGCUAUAACUAAACUUGGUCAAGGACCUCCCUUGCCAGGCUUAACACCAGGAGGUCGUAGGGUUACCAUCAUCAGAGGUUUUGAUAAGAAUAUACCUACUCCAAAUAUAGCGGAUAUCAUGAAACUAGCCCUGAUGCUCGGUGAUAUCAGACUGGAAGUAGAAACAUAUGGAGUUGCCGGGGAUAUUUACAUUCUAGACGCUAGUGUCUUGACAGCUGGCCAUUUUGCAAGGGCUGCCAAUCCUAUUUUGGCUAAGAAAUUCUUAGUUUGUGUCCAGGAAGCCUAUCCAGUCAAAGUGAAAGAAGUACAUAUAGUUAAUGCAACUCCGUUGGUAGAUACGGUUGUUAGUUGGGUGAAACCGUUUGUCAAAGAAAAACUCAGAAAAAGGAUACAUUGCCAUACAUCUCUAGAAACACUGUAUCCAUUUGUACCAAAAGAUAUUCUGCCUGAAGAAUAUGGUGGUAUGGCUGGUACCCUGGCUGAAUAUAAUGAGCAAUGGAUCAAAAAACUUGAAGAAUAUACGCCUUGGUUCAAGGAUCAAGAAAACGUUAAAGCAGAUGAGUCCAAAAGACCAGGGAAACCAACCAAUUACAAUGACUUGUUUGGAUUAGAAGGAAGCUUCAAACAGUUAAAUAUUGAUUAAAUUUUGAAAUCCUGAUUUUAUGAAUGUAUAUUCUUCAAAUUUUUCGAGGGGAAAAAUUUCAGACUCAUUAAUCUGAGGUAUAAUUAGAUUAAAUAGGAAGUUUAGGAUGACAUUUUUCGAAUGGAAAUAAGAUGGACUGUACGAAUAGAUGAUGUAUGUUUUUAUUUAUUUUUAUGAAUGACUAUAUGGAAUUUUGGUUGUAUGCUUCAUAAGAUAAAGCUGGAAUAAAGCCUAAUUAUUUCA